GGAAAAAAAAAUGGUUUGCCUUUCACGUUUUCUCGUUACUCGUUUUAUCAAUCUUCACGGCUACCUUCGUCAAAAUUAUCUGAAAAUUCUCGUCCUCUGCCUCGUCGUCGGUGUGGGCACCGGAAUUGUUCACUGGCUCACACUAAACCAACCAAAAUUCUUCGAGACCCUGCACGACAACAUAAGGGAAUUUCCGCUCGGUGUCACCUUCGGUAUUCUCACCGUUGUCCUGAUAGCGACCCUUCUGCUGUACGCACUCCGCCUGGAAUCGACGGAAAAGGUUCACGUCCGUAGCCGGACUGCUAUUAGGCUGAAAUACGUCGACUUCAUUCUGCUCUGUCUCAACACCCAGCUGAAGGAGGCGACGGAACGCUAUCUGCACCAUGGCACACACGUCCCGGACCAGCUCGAUGCAAUGCACACCGAAAUCGAAGACUGUAUCGACCGGUUCCGAGAAAAUGCCCGUAAAUUGCUUAACGCCCCAGGUGUGCCCGGACUUACCACUCUCCAGGAGCACGAGAACUACUUCCGACUGGACCAGCAGGGCACCGGUAUAGGCGAGGAAAUCCUUAAAUUGAAAAGAAACUCGAAAUCCUUGCUCUCGGAACGAGCCAUCAAAGCGCUGCUCACAAAAUGACGAAAGAGAAGAAGUACCGAAUCCACCACACCAGCAUAAAUUCGAAUCAAUUAGAAAGAUUAUCAAACAAGCUC